AUGGCAGCCCCGAAGGAAAAUAACCUCUUCCCUCACAAUCCCUACUAUAUCCCUGGCUACGAUGGCUUCAUCCCUCAGUACAAAUAUCAGUUUGGAAAGACUUUUGGCAAAACCACUUACCACCUGCUGACAGAUCCUGGUGUUGCAAAGAGCCCUCGCCCCUUGCUGGCGCCGCUGCACAAGCAGGAGUUCACGGAGGACUUCAGCAGGACGAAGGAUGGUGUCCAGGGUUAUCUCCCUGAGCGUCCAGGGCACCUUCCCCAUGAGAAUCCUGGGGCUGCACCAAGCUUUCCUGAACCAGUCCUUGGGCCAAAGCCUCCCCCACUGUGGCCAGGACCGGCAGAGGAAGAGCUGAUGAUGAUGCGUGCGGACCCCCUGCCCGCAGACCCCCUGCCCCAGCACCCCCCUGGUGAGUACGCCUCAAGGACACAACUGCCUCAGGCGUACCCACAGAGGAUUUCACAUCGUCUGGAAUCUGAAGGGAAAGAGUGGCGGUUGCCCGAGAUAACCCCAGCCUACGGACAGGGAAAAAGGUGCAGACCCAGCUGGCUCGGCGGUGACUUGGUGGGAAGCAAACCGCCUGUAAAAAUUGAAGGUAUGACUCUGCCAGAAGAGGCUAUAACUGCAGUUAUGGAGCAAGAUUAUUGGUUACCAAAACUGGAUGUGCCAUGUGUGAUCCAACAGAAAGUCAUUCCAGGGUAUGCUGGAUUCAUCCCCUGCCUCACCUGGGUUAGCGGUGUGAACUACAUCCAGGCUGUGAAGGAAGCAAUGAAUGAAUUUGACCGACGUCAGAUGAUGUACAGAAACCCAGCUUGCAGCUCUGGCAAGAGAUUUCCCCAAACAUACUGGCCUAACAACAGAAUUUACACCAGUGAUGGACUGAUACCUUCCUACGCAGGCUUCAUACCAAACCUCCGACACACCUACGGGCUCACUUUUAGGAACAGCACCCGAAAAGCUUACCAAAAGGAACAAAGGAGACGAGAUUGUGCACUGUGAAAAAUGCUUUAAUGGUGCCUGUACAGCAUUUGAAGUGACUUUGAGACAGGAAGAGGAACACAACACAGACAGAGAAGUUUUGAAUGAAAGAGUUCAUACAGCUUUAAACAAAAUUUACAGGUGUUCAUCUGCAUAGCUUUUACUCUGCCUCUUCCUCAGCCUCCUCCUCAAACUCCCCCUCCUCCUCGGCUGUAGCAUCCUGGUACUGCUGAUACUCAGACACCAGGUCGUUCAUGUUGCUCUCAGCCUCUGUGAACUCCAUCUCAUCCAUGCCCUCGCCAGUAUACCAGUGCAGGAAAGCCUUUCGGCGGAACAUGGCCGUGAACUGUUCAGAAAUGCGUUUGAACAGCUCCUGGAUGGCCGUGCUGUUCCCAAUGAAGGUGGCAGACAUUUUCAAGCCACGAGGUGGAAUGUCACAGACUGCUGUUUUAACAUUAUUAGGGAUCCAUUCAACAAAAUAGCUGCUAUUUUUGUUCUGAACAUUCAGCAUUUGCUCAUCAACCUCUUUCAUUGACAUACGGCCUCUAAAAACAGCAGCUACG